CAUGCCUUGGGCUAUGAGGCCCAUGACCAGUAUAGUGAUGGCGAUACUCCGCUUCGAAUUGAUUCCAACUGUCUUCCACUUCGAUUCUAUGCGACUCCCAAGAAGCUACCCUAUUCGGUAUUCUCACAAAAUCCACACUCAUGGAAUAACUGGUUGCAGUCUCCAUAGCAUAUCUACGUCGCUUGCUUCCCAAUCCACUCCCACUAUUUCACUUCCUUUGUUCCCUUCGCUUCCUUGGAAGCUGCCUCUUUUCAAGUAGCACCAAGCUCUAGCCUUAGGCUUCGACCUCAAUCCAACUCCAUCACAGCCAACCUAGGAGAGAUCUAAUCUCACAAUCUUUGAGACCAGGAAGCCCUUCUCCUUUAAACCCUCAUGGCCAAAUCCUAAUCCAUCAGUUCCAUUCUAUAAAACUCUGAACCCCGUAGCUCUAAUCCCGAAUAGGGUCCUGGUCCGCUUGAGCCGAAGCCCAGCCCAUUUGUCCGCAUGCCAAAGAACGGAACCCGAACCGGACCGCGCGCAGCCCUCACCCUGAACCGGACCAAUCCGAAGAAAAUGUCCCGCCCCAUGAGCUUCUACACCAAACUCGCCGCUUGCUUCAAGAAACCCGGGCCGUCCGCCACGGCCACUGCCGCCGGCAAACCGCCGCCGGAGUGGCCCACCGAACCCAGCCCGACGUAUUCUUCGCCGUCCUCUCCCUUCUCCUCCUCCUCCGCCUCCUCUCCGUCGAGGGAUGGUGCCGCCGGCAAGACCCUCCGCACCCGCCUCUGCAUCAUCGGCAGCGGCCCCGCCGCCCACACCGCGGCCAUCUACGCCGGCAGGGCGGAGCUACGGCCCGUCCUCUUCGAGGGCUGGCUGGCCAACGGCAUCGCCGCCGGCGGCCAGCUCACCACCACUACCGACGUCGAGAACUUCCCGGGCUUCCCUUCCGGCAUCCACGGCCCGGACUUCAUGGACCGCUGCCGGGCCCAGUCGCUCCGCUUCGGCACCGAAAUCCUUACCGAGACCGCCACCGCCGUCGACUUCUCCGCCCGCCCCUUCCGCGUCGUCUCCUCCUCCACCACCGUCCUCGCCGACGCCGUCAUCGUCGCCACUGGCGCCGUAGCCCGACGCCUCCACUUCCCGGGGGCCGACGAGUUUUGGAAUAAAGGGAUCUCCGCCUGCGCCGUCUGCGACGGGGCGGCGCCGCUCUUCCGCGACCGCCCGCUAGCGGUGGUCGGAGGCGGCGACGCCGCCAUGGAGGAGGCCAUCUUUCUGACCAAGUACGGCUCACGGGUGUACAUAGUGCAUCGCCGGAGCACAUUAAGAGCCUCUAAAACCAUGCAGGCGAGGGCUUUGGCCAACCCCAAGGUGGAGCUUAUUUGGAGCUCGGAGGUGGUAGAGGCUUACGGCGGCGGCGAGGAUGGGAAGCUGAGGGGAGUGAAAUUGAGGCACGUGGAGACGGGGGAAAUGAGGGAGCUGGAGGUGGCGGGACUCUUCUUCGCGGUCGGGCAUGACCCGGCGACCGGGUUCUUGGGAGGUCAGCUCGGGCUGGACGGCGAUGGGUAUGUGGUGACGAAGCCCGGGACGACGGAGACCAGCGUCAGGGGGGUCUUCGCCGCCGGCGACGUGCAGGACAAGAGGUACCGGCAGGCCGUCACCGCCGCCGGAUCAGGGUGCAUGGCUGCCUUGGAUGCUGAACGUUAUCUGCAGGAGAUUGGAUCUGUAAUCAACUAGGGCAGGAAAACCAAUGUUGUAAAAUACAACCAUAUGGUAAAGGAAGGUAUCCUUACUCUUUGUUCCUUUUAAAUUCUCUCAGCUUCCUGUUUUCGCUCUCACCUGAAACUUGUAUUAUGUGUACAUUGAUGUGUUUAACCUAACUAUGAAGAAGCCAUCGGUGCAUUUAUUAUU